GACAGUCUGUAUUAGUCAUUUGCGAAAGGAAUACUUUAUUGUAGGUUGUGUCUAGGUGCGGUAUGUAAGUAUUUAACAAUUUCUCCCUUACUUUUUAUAUAAGAAUUAGAAAUGUGUAGAUCAUGCUUAACAUUAAAUGUAUAAUUAAUGUUCCUUAUGAAUAUUUAGUCCUUAGAGAAUGUAAUUGUUUUAGCUUGUAAGAAAAUCAAUGAUAUCAAUAAUUUAGUUGGAAAAGUAUUAGAAUAAUAAAACACGUUUGAACAUAUCAAUAUAUUUGAGUACCAUUUUGAACUGCUCAUUUGUUCUUUUCAAUAUCUUUUUCGCAGUGAAAUUCAGUUAUGUCUUGGAAUAGCUAUAUAGACAAUUUAAUUGCCCAUUCCAAAGAUGCUAGCGGAAAAUGUCAUGUUGAAAGUGCAUGUAUAAUUAGCAUAGAUGGAGGUACACAAUGGACGACUGCAGGGGCAAAUGUUACACCAAUCACCCCAAAUGAGGCCGCUGAAAUUGCAAAACCUUUUAAAAGCUGUGAUUUUACUUCAUUUAUGGUCGGUGGCUGUACGAUUUCAUCUACCAGAUAUCAAUUUCUGAGAGAAAUGGAUAAAAAAAUUUGUCUCUUCAAACUGAAAGAUCAUGGAUCAAUCUCUAUGCAGAGCAGCAAAACAGCCAUUGUAAUAGCCAAGUGCCCAGAAGGAGGACAGCAAGGAAAUGCUAAUAAAGCUGUUGCAGUUAUCGCCGAAUAUUUAGAAUCUCUAAAUAUGUAAAACAAUAUGAUAUCAAUAAAAUUAUCUAUUAUAAUUUAUAUAGUUUGUCUUCCAUCAUUAUAAUAUCAUUGUAUAUAGUUCUCUACAUCCAUUUUUACAUCUUAUGAACGAUGAUAAAGACAGGAAAAGAAUUUUUGACUAUGUACUUUAUGGGUGUUUUACAUCAUCAAUAAAUGUAAUUCAUUAUUUGAACCAGAAGAACGUUAGCUAUUUCAUCACUUUUUUCCCUAGAAUUUGUGAUUAUCAAAGGGGUUAAAGUAAUACCUGUGGAAUUAUUACAAAGAAAAUAUAUAAUCUGAAUCACUUAUACAUUGUUGCAAUGUUUAAACAUUCAAUUGCGAAAAGAUUAGUUUUAUAUUCAAUAAAAGGACUUAAUUUAUGUCUUGAGUUUCGUCUCAUUUUUAUCUUUAU